CCUCCAUCCAAUCCCGGCUAGCACAGGCCCAAGAUGGCGGAGCGGUGUGAAGCGGUGGUGCCGUACGACCAUGUUGGGGUUUAUUUCGGCUCGUCAGGCCGGGCUCGACGAUCCGUUGCGGCUGCGCCGGGCUGAGUCCACCCGCAGGGUUUUAAGUUUAGAAUUAAAUAAAGAUAGAGAUGUGGAAAGAAUACAUGGCAGUGGUAUUAACACCCUUGAUAUUGAGCCUGUUGAGGGAAGAUACAUGUUAUCAGGUGGCUCAGAUGGUGUUAUUGUUCUUUAUGACCUUGAAAAUCUGAGCAGAAAACCAAAUUACACAUGUAAAGCACUUUGUUCAGUGGGAAGGAGCCAUCCUGAUGCACAUAAAUUCAGUGUGGAGACAGUCCAGUGGUAUCCUCAUGAUACUGGCAUGUUUACAUCGAGCUCAUUUGAUAAAACCCUGAAAAUAUGGGAUACUAAUACUUUACAACCUGCAGAUGUAUUUCAAUUUGAGGGAACAGUCUAUAGCCAUCACAUGUCUCCAGUUGCUACAAAACAUUGUUUAAUAGCAGUUGGUACCAAAAGCCCCAAAGUACAGCUCUGUGACUUGAAGUCUGGAUCCUGUUCUCACAUUCUGCAGGGUCACAGGCAAGAAGUACUGGCAGUAUCUUGGUCCCCACGUCAUGAAUAUAUUUUGGCAACAGCAAGUGCUGACAGUAAAGUAAAAUUAUGGGAUGUGAGAAGAGCGUCUGGAUGUCUGACUACACUUGAUCAGCACAAUGGAGAAAAGUCCAAAGCAUCUUCUGAGGCAGUAAACACAGCUCACAAUGGGAGAGUUAAUGGUUUGUGCUAUACAAGUGAUGGUCUUCAUCUGUUGACUGUUGGUACAGAUGAUCGGAUGAGACUCUGGAACAGCUCCACUGGAGAAAAUACAUUGGUGAACUAUGGCAAAGUCAGUAAUGAAAGUAGAAAAGGACUCAAAUUCAGCGUAUCCUGUGGCUGUAGUCCAGAGUUUGCCUUUGUCCCAUGUAAAAGUACCAUUGCUGUUUAUACAAUUUUCUCAGGAGAACUGAUAACUAUGCUUCGAGGUCAUUAUAAUACUGUUGACUGCUGUGUAUUUCAACCUAACUUUCAGAGUGAAGAUGGCGUUUGUCUUUCUUUGGAACAGCUCAGAAUAAUCACAGAACUUUACAGUGGUAGCAGGGAUUGCAAUAUCCUUGCCUGGAUACCAGCUCUUCGAGAACCAGUUCUUGAUGAUGUUUCGGAUAAGUCUCUCCGUCGGCAGCACAUAAAUCCAGCGUAUGAAGAUGCGUGGAGCAGCAGUGAUGACGAAGACUGAAUUUCAAUUAUAUGCUGAUACAAAAUUGACAUUCAGGCGCUGCAUUCAAGGACUUUAUCUGCAGAAGUGGAUAUUGGUAGAUUUAUUGUGAUGGAAUUCCUGAUACUGUUACGUUAAAGCGGAGACAGAAACAAGAUUCUUUCCUGUCUUUAUUCUUCAUUGUUACCUUUACAUCUAAAGAUUUAGGUUUUAUACCUAUUUUUUAAAUACUUUCCUUUAUCCAUUGGUCUUCUUUAUUCAGAAUUGAACAACUGAUAAAGGAAAAUUAAAAUCCCUUGGGACCAGUUAGCAUUACAUUGUUUCUAGUAUCACUGAUAUCAUAGGUAAUCAUUUCAGAGAGAUGGUACGGAGGAUUUUGCCUUAAGGACUAGCUCAGGGAUACGUCUUUUACAACAUUGAGAUGGAGGAAACGGGGUCCAUUUUCAACUGCUCUUGACUUUGGGAGCUAACAGAAUUUUGUGCUGUUUUGUUUUUUUUUUUAAAUUUUUAUUGGUUUUGCAAAAGUUUCUCUAUAAAUGCAGCAUUCAAUUCAGAAAGAGACAUAGCUGGGAUCAUUAAUUCUAGUAUUUGUGUGGUGACCCCAUCACUACUGUUCUAAUCUGUACUGUAAAAUUAAGAAUAGGGACUAUGUUUUCAUUAGGGUUUUUAUUGCUGCUGUUAAGAGGUUUUUAAGAUCAGCCUUCUACAAAUAACUCUCACAUCCCUAGCCAAUGUGGAGAGUUGCUGGACAGAAACAGACAUUAUGUACAGUGCAAGGAAAAUAAAGGAUCACAUUUCAAGGUAGGCACAAGAAAACAUAGUCCUUCAAAACUGCUUUCUUCUGAAAAGCUCCUCCUAAAGCUGGUCUCUUUUGGAAAGGAGGAGUUGUGUGGAAUCAUAGGAUAAUCACCAGCUGGGGACUUGAGUUAGAGCAGAUAGACAUGCAGAUUAUUCAGGAAAAGGAAAGCCUUUCCAAACCAGAGGUAAUGGUAGGACAACAAACUCAGAAGGAAAAAAAUGUUGUAUAUAUAAAUGAAAGAAAAUAAGAUAAUUUCUUUGUAAUGUGUAUUGUUAUUGUGAUUAUUAUGCAUAUUAUAAUUAAUUCACCGUCCUUUUGCAUUUUAUAUUUAUACUAGGUAACAACUGGUCAAUUUCUGUAUCAAUCUAGAAGCUAGCAGUGUAGAAUAAUUUAAAGUGAGGAGCUUGUAGUUUACAUAUGUCAAAUGCACUUCAUGUAUUUGGUAUUUGCAUUUCUGAAAUGUUGCUCAGUACAUGAUAGCAGAGCUAGUUGGCAAAGAAUAAAUUCAUUAUUUUUUCAACGA